AUGCCAUCACCAAAUCCCCACCAUCUGCCACUGUGCCCCAGACAGAAGACUGCCACUGUCCCGCAUGACGUUGCACACAUCGCUGAUGUUGGCCAUCUCUUGCCACCAGAGCCUAGCAUUGGGACGCAUAACCUCAAGCCUCCGGAUGACCUCCUUGAACAGUUCACAGCAUGGAAGGCUAUUGUUAGGCAGCUUACUGCUUGGUUUGAGUGUAUCGCAGAAAUCAAGAAUAACACAGCAAGGGACAUGAUGAAGCUCACUGGUGUCAUUCAAGUCCCUUUCCAAGCUCGCAACCAGUUCCUUGGUUAA